UGUAAGGAGAUGUUAGGGGAACAGUACAUACCUGGAGGUGAGAAGAAUGAGGGGCUGAUGAUUUGCUGUUCCUGCAAAGCAUUGCUCCAGCUAAGGUCCCUUUGAUUGAAGGCUAUUAAAGGCUACUUGAUGCUAGAUGGGGAGCCAUAGUGGCACAGUGGUUAAGCGAUUAGCUGCUAACUAAAAGGUUAGCACUUUGAAUCCACCAGCUGCUCCUUGGAAACCCUGUGGCGUAGUUCUACUAUGUCCCAUAGGGUCACUAUGAGUCUGAAUCCACUUGAUGGCAAUGGGGUUUUAAUGCUAGAUGGACAUUCACGUUAUUCAAAUGUAUUGUUAGUAUCCCUCCUCCAUUUUUUUUUGAGGCCAAUCUAUACUCAGAAAUGCAAAAGUGUUGGAGUUAAAUUGGUAGCGGGGAUGCAGUCAUGUAUACGGGGCUCUGGAAGGGCAGGUGUUCUUCACCAGAGGUCCUUGGAAUUCUAGAGCAGAGCUGCCGAGUAGAACUUUCCAGUGGUGAGCACUUGAGAUGUGGCUAGCGUGACUGAGGAACUGAAUUUUUAUUUUAAAUUUUGCCUUAAAUCAUCACGUGGGUCUUGUGCAGUUCUAAAAGAUCCGUGGAUGGCCUUGGAGAUUUUGUAAACCUUAUGGAAUUAUAUGAAUGUUUGUAGAGUUGGUUAUGGAAGUCUGUUUUUCUGGGAAGUGAGUCCACACCUUUCAUCAGAUUCUGAAAACCACCAGAAAGAUGAAGAACUUCUGCUUUAGGACUUUGGUGAAAAGUAAGGCAAGGGAGUGAGUAAGUAUGCCCUCUGGUAACCACUGCUGUUUCUACUUUCUUGUAUUUUCCUGUCCUCAGCUAUAGGUGACUCCUGGACUGUUAGAUAAAUUCUCAGCUGCUGGAAGGGAGCGAUGGCUGUGGCCCUGGGCUGUGCAAUCCAGGCCUCCUUGAAUCACGGCUCCAGGCUUAAAGAGUACGAUACUGAGUGUGAAGUCUUCCGUCAGCGCUUCAGGCAGUUCCAAUACCAACAGGCAGCCGGGCCUCGUGAAGCUUUCAACAGCCUCUGGGAGCUUUGCUCUCAGUGGUUGAAGCCAACGAUCCAUUCUAAGGAAGAAAUCCUGGAGCUGCUAGUGUUGGAGCAAUUCCUGACUAUUCUGCCCUCAGAGAUAGAGACCUGGGUAAGGCUGUACCGCCCAGAGAACAGAGAAAGAGUUCUGGCACUGGUAGAAGACUUACAGAGAGAACUUGAGAUACCAGAGCAGCAGGUUGGUAGGCAGGAAAUGCUCUUGGAAGAACUGGCACCAGUGGAAACGGCACACAUACCACCAAACAUCCAACUGGAGUCACCUGAGCUCCACGUCCUGGGACCUUCCCAGGAGGCCACCGUGGCAGAGGAGCAGAUCCCACAGGCAGGGCCACAGUACCCGAGGGAUGGUGAUGAUAGGGAAUGCCAGCCCUUUUCCGAGCCAGAAUAUCCGAUACCAAACCCUGACCUGAGCUUCCCAUUGGAAUAUAGAGAAGAAGAUCCACGGGUGAAGGAAUUACAGAGCUCCGAAGGAGUAAAACAAUUAGGUUUCUCCAAGAUAGAUUUUGAUAUUGGGAGAGAAAAUGAAGAUUCGUCAGAACAGAAUAAACUAGAGAAUACAUGUGCAUUUAUUUUUCCUUUUGAGGAGAAUAUUCUUCGUGGUCCCACUUUACAAAAAGUCUGUGGACAGUUAGAAAAUCAAUGGGGAAAUCCCCCAAAGGAGUUACAGUUAUCAAAGCUUUUAGAUGAUCAGAAACACUCUCCAGGAGAGAAAUGUGAGAGCAACAACGCGGAAAAACCUCUCAGACUUGGACCCCAUCAACAAAAGAAUGCAGGAAAGGAACCUCACCGAUGUUCUCAGUGUGGAAAAUGUUUUGCUCGGAAGUCACAACUUAAUGGGCACCAGAAAAUUCAUUCAGGAGAGGAACGUCACAAGUGCCCUGAAUGUGGGAAAAGCUUCCUUCGUAAUUCAGACUUGUACAGGCACAAACGAUCUCAUACAGGGGAGAGGCCCUAUGAAUGUACGAUAUGCAAAAAGCGAUUCACUCGAAGGUCACACCUUACAGGGCACCAGAGAGCCCAUUCUGGAGAAGCAGCAUUUAAAUGCCUUGAGUGCAGGAAAAGCUUUUGUUAUGGACCAAACCUUAAAAGACAUCUGAAAACUCAUACAGGUGAAAAACCUCAUAAGUGUUGUACUUGUGGGAAAGGCUUUAUUCAACAGUCAGCUCUUACUUUGCACCAGAGAACUCACACUGGAGAGAAACCUUUUAAAUGUAAUUACUGUGAGAAAAGCUUUAGACAUAAGCCAACUCUAGCUAUUCACUUAAGAAUUCAUACAGGGGAGAAGCCAUACAAGUGUAGCCAUUGUUCUAAAGUCUUCAGACAGAGAUCAGGCCUUAUUAUGCACCAAGUCUCUCACUUUAGCCAAGAAUUCUCUAAGAAAUGUUGAGGGAAACAGGUCCUACAGAAAGUGAAACUAACUCAUAAAAGU